UGGGUUUAAAAGCUUAUGGCCCACAGACAAGGGCACAGCAUACAAUUCCCAAUUGAGCUCCGCCUGAAGCGUACAGAGCGCUACCUGGGUGCUGCAUUCUAAACAUGUCAGACACAGAAGACGCAACAUACGAGGGACAACCAGAAGCUGAGGAAAAUGAGGGAGAAGAGGGAAAGCGCAAGUCAAAGCACGGCUUUAUGCCUACCUUGGCACCUCCCAAGAUCCCAGAUGGAGAAAAAGUCGACUUUGAUGACAUUCACCGAAAACGGAUGGAAAAGGACAUGAAUGAGCUCCAGACUCUGAUUGAAGCUCACUUUGAGAAGCGUAAGAAGGAGGAAGAAGAGCUUCUUCACCUCACAGAUCGCAUUGAGAAACGUAGGUCAGAGAGAUCAGAGCAGAUGAAGAUCAGAGCGGAGAGGGAACGAGAUCGGCAGAACAAACUAGCUGAAGAGAAAACAAGAAAAGAAGAGGAAGAAGCCAAGAAGAGGGCAGAUGAAGAUGCAAGGAAGAAGCAGAUUCUGUCCAACCUGACUUUUGGUGGAUACAAGACACAGACUGGGGCAAAAAGACAAACAGAAAGAGAAAAGAAGAAGAAGAUCCUAAAUGAUCGACGCAAGGAGUUAGACAUUGAUCAUAUGAGAGAGGACCGACUGAGGGAAAAAGCCAAGGAGAUGUGGGACUGGCUGCGUCAGCUAGAGGCAGAGAAAUUUGAACUUCAGCACCAGUUCGUAAAGCAGAAGUACGAAAUCACUGUGCUGAGAAACCGAGUCAGCGAUAAUCAGAAAGUUUCAAAGGGCCGCAGGCGUGCAAUCAGCAAGCGCGGCCUGAGGAAGUAACUGCUGACAUCAACUGGAAGAAAACAGGCUACAUCUGAAAUCACCGAGUGACUGCAUAAAGUUUUCAAAGUACUUGAAAAUGCAAGAACAAAAUUACAUUUACAGAAAAUAUGAUAAGAAGCUCUUAAAUGUUAUCUGUGAAAUGAAGUGCAUGCUGAGCUCAUCUGCCGACAAGUAGCAGGAGACAGUGUAUGAUUAGAAACGGUGUGGUGCAGCUUAUGCUUAUUUCUUCUUUCUCAUUUCUUGGGACUUGACUUGAAGU